AUGAGUAACGAAAUUUUAAAUUCAACAAUUGAUGGAGUUUUGAAUACCCGACUUCAUAUUCAAAAUAUACCUCCACAUAUAACUGAUGUACAUUUAAGAUCGUUAUUGGGAAAUGUUGGAUAUAUAAAAGAUAUUUGUUAUUUUAAUAAAAAUAAAAAACAAAUGAAUAAUUUUACAAAUAAGAAAAUAUAUAAUACAGCAUUAAUUACCUUUAACACACAUGAAGAAGCGUUAAAUGUUUUGAAAAAUAUUAGAAGUUUAAUAGAUACGACUGGUGAGGAAAGAAGUAUUGAGGCAAAGUUUGCUGUUCCUAAUGUUAAUAAUAAUUUUUUUCACAAAAAUAAUAUGAAUGCAAAUUUUCCAAAUAAUUAUCAAAAUAAUUUUAAUAAUGAGAACUUUAGUAAUAAUAUGAAUAAUUACAAUUUUUAUAACAAUAAUAAUAACAGUAAUUCCCAAAAUAAUUUCAUGAAUAGAAAUGUGAAAAACAAAAAUAUAAAUAAUAUGGUUAAUAUGAAUAUGAAUAACCAAGUGAAUAACCCAAUGGCAAAUCAGAAUAAUUUUAUGUUUAAUAACAAUAAUUAUAAUGGCAACAAAAAUAUGAAUGAAAUGAUAAGAGAAAGUGAAUCACCACCUAAUAAUAAUAAUAAUAAUAAUAAUGCAUUAUAUAGGCAAAAUAAUUCUCAAGUAUCUAACAGUAAUAAUGUAUAUCAAACUAAUGAUAAUUCAUUAGAUGAAAAUGAAAAUACAGAAGGAUUAAGCUUGUGGGAAAUAUAUAAAGAUAAAAAUAAUAAUACGUUUUAUUACAAUAAUUUAACAAAACAUAGUCAAUGGAAUAAACCUAUACAUCCAAAUAAACUUUUUCAAUAUAAUAAUAAUGAAAAAACAAAACAAAAUGGACCUAAUGGAAGCAAUUUAUUUAUUUUUCAUAUACCUAGUGAAUGGAGUGAUUUGGAUUUGUUUCAACAUUUUUGUUGUUUUGGAAAUAUUAUUUCAUCAAAAAUUCAAAGAGAUAAUACAGGAAGAAAUUCAGGAUUUGGUUUUGUCAGUUAUGAUAAUAUUAUGAGUGCUCACCAUGCCAUUCAAUUUAUGAAUGGUUAUUAUGUUAAUAAUAAAUACCUAAAAGUUCAACUGAAAAAAGGAGAAGCUAUGGAAAAAGUGCAAGCUUAA